ACGCUCAACGAUAUAUUUAACCACAAUUUAAUAAAGAAAGCGUAUAGUCAAAAGCUGAAAUGUGGGAAAUCACCUCACUCUAUGCCUGUUGAGAUCUUUUGGUUCUCAGAUUAUUUCCGAAAGUCAUGACUGACAUUGGCUUCACGAGGUGUGCGGUCUCACUACCUGAAACAUUUCCAAUCAGGUGAGGUCUGAGGAUCCCGUUGAUGAAGACGGUCCUCGAAGAAGCACUCGUAUGAAAUAUCAAAUAGGAAACGUAUCCACGCACACCGAAAUGGCAGAUUUUCAUCGAGGGUAAUGGAAAAGGUCUUUGAGCGUCCGCAUUGUAGAUAUGCUUAAACCACCGAUUAUGAUCUUAAAGCCUCGACGAAUGUGAGCGAUAAAAGCUGGAUAUAUUUAAUGCCAAGCAGGGCAAAGUGCUACUUUGCAGUCCUAAACAGCGAUGUUGUGCGAUCGAUGAAAAUAAGUUGAAACACGGGCAUCGAUUAUCCAUAAACCUGAAGGGCUAAAGCAAGUUUCUAAGAGACGCUAUGGAAAGUAGUAGGUCCUCCCUGUGACGGGAUUCGCCGCGUUGGGUGAGUACAUUUAUGUUGAUAAACUCGAGCAAACUAUUGCGAAGCUUUAAAAAUAUACGGACCCGUAGCAGAAGUGUUAUGGGCAUCCAGUGCGGUUUGGAAUGGAGCGCUUUGUAGAUCAUCCGACCCAUCAUAUGUGUGCGGACUAAUGAUUCUGCAUUGUAAUACUCAUGCAUUCAGAGCUUAAAGGUUCAUUUUUUUUCCAUUUCCCAUUCCCUCUGGCUGAUGGCUCUUUGCAAUACUUCACGGAUUAUUUAUUAAUAUAGCAAAGCUAAUUAUUAAGACUACCUGUAUUCGUUUCUCCUACGCGUUUUUACAAAAUGAAAACAUUCACCAAAUAAGUGUUUAAAAAUAUUUAUAUAUAUAUAUAAUGGAUACAAACACAGAAGCUUCCUACGUAACUGUCAAUGUUCAUGGAACUUUGCGGAUUCCCUUGCAUCUAGAUCUUCUUAAAAACCUUGAUGAUCCUUUAUUGGAGGGAGACAUACUAAAGGAGAGCAUCAAAAUUGCCAUCGGUGAGUAUUUGGGGUGGUUCAAUCAUGUGGACAUUACACUUGGAAGCGACGCAGCUCCUGGGGUGGGUCCUGGACGCGUUACCAUGAAAACCUGUGAGGCUAAAAUUUCACUAGAGGACCUGGGAAUCCGCAUUAAGGCUAUUCAGGCGGCCUAUGACAAUGUCAUGCGACAAGUAGCGACAUUGAGAGAUCUCUUAUCACUCUCCCAACAGGAGCAGCAGAGGUUAGGAAAAAAUGUUGGUGAAGAAAGUGAGAAAGGAAAUAAGGAGGGCUUAAACGAUGACGAUGCAGUGGGAAAAGUAGUGGGAUCACAUAUAACAUGGGGUAUUCUCAAGGAACGUGAUGCUGCUAUGCUAGCCUUGCUGGAAUCUGUAUUGGGCAGCCCGGCAGGUAUAGUAGACGCUGCACAUCAAAUUGAGGAGGAAAGUCAUUCUCUGCGUGCAAUGCAGGAUGAAAAGUGGGAACGAGAUGCGCUCUCCUCAGAAAAAAAUCCAUUAGAGGAGGGUUCUUGGGUAAGGGAUGAAACUUGGCAGGUCCAUGAUGACUUUAAUGUGAUGACUGAGAACGAAACAACAGGGAAAGACUACGCCAGCAUGGGGUACAUGCCCUUGUGAGGUACCGAAAGUGUUACAAGUGUAAAAAUUUAGAAAUCAAAUGACAGAGAGGAAGAGGUCGCCUCGGACAUACCUGCAUCUCCUUUCGUUUCGAUUUUCUCUUCACAUGAUGCACGCUUAAAGGCUGAACUAUUUCACUUUGGAGAACUCUUUUUUUCGAAAUCCAAACAGUUAAA